AGCAAAGAAGCAAUCUUUCAAGUAAGAAUUUAUACUCGGUGAUAUGAAAUGCUUACGUAAAAGUAUUAUGGUGGCUCCUUACAGAAAAAAAAUCAACAAGAAGAUUAAAUUUAUCAUGGAUUAAUCCUAGAUAUUUUAAUUCAUUGUAUAUCAAUAUUGAAACAUAGAGAAAGACAUUAACAUAUCAUCUGACAAUAUAUUUAGUGCCCUCUUCAAUAAUACAUCCUGCAACAACGUUAUUCGUGACAUGUUAAUACAGUUUCAAUUAAAUCAGUAUCAAUUAAUCCGUCAUAACAGAUAGCACUUUGAGGAGAAACAUGAAUAGCACGAAAAGCAAUGAUUGUUUCUUAAUUGUUAUCAUUUAAUAGAAAAAGCAGUAAAAUUAAUAGUUAUUGUCGUCUAAACUAGUUGUAAUGUAGCAGGUGAUAACCCUUAACGACAAGACGCCGUAAUUAGCUAUCAAUUUUUCAUGAGAAACGCUUUAGUAAAGAGGGUGGUUAAUUCCUAUUGAGAUUGCCUACGAAAUUAUCUAAUAGAGAACACGUCCUCAUACCGGAAACCUUUAAUUAACGUCCAAUAAAAUAAAUGCCUAAAAGGGAAACAAUGAAAACAACCCGGGACACUUGCCUUGUUCACAGAAGUUGAUAUUGUCGCAGUCUUGUAGAAUUCCUGCAAGGAUUAACGCAAGAAAAAUAAAUCAGCUGCAUAGAAAGAUGAUGUUAAUUUAUAAUAUAGUUUCUCUAUAGGAAUAGUAUAAAUUCUUAUUAAAUUUUGGUGUAUACGUAAUGUUUUAGAUUGAUAUUGUUGGAUAUACUAAAAUCAGAAUAAAUUAAAAUAAUAAACCGUUACUAUGGCAAUAAUAACAGGCGAGCAGAAAGAAUAUACGAGUUCGACUGAAGAUUCAACCAGCGACAAUCGGUCUGUAAUUCUAGAUACAGAGGCACGGGCACGUGGACAUUUUGCAAUAGGCGGACCGUAUUCGGCCUUCUCCGGUCUUGUCCGUCAACAUGAGUCUCCAAAUUGCCAUCUGGCAGAUGAACUUCUCUUUAAGCGCCCAUUUCGUACCCAGUUUAUGGCGCCGGAACUUUGUGCUAUCCGCCGAGAUUUCCCGACAGAACUACCAAUUGCACCAGCGUUUGCACAAAUUUUUCAGCGUCGGCGGCGGCGAGAAAACAGACCGCGGCGUCAGAGGACCACAUUCACCAGCGAUCAAACAUUAAAACUGGAGCUUGAGUACAAUAGAGCGGACUACAUUACACGGCCACGUAGGUUCGAGCUCGCAGAAACUCUGAACUUGACCGAGAGCCAGAUUAAAAUAUGGUUCCAAAAUCGCCGAGCUAAAGACAAAAGGAUCGAGAAGGCUCAAAUGGAUCAACAAUUACGGACGAUCGGGUAUUCAAACUUUGUCGGUACGGGUCAUCCAUGUCCGUCUCACCAGGGUCCAUGCGGUGUAUGUUCUGUCCCGUUUCCUCCUUUACCGCUUCCAUUAGGACAUAUCCCGUGGUCGUCAAUAGAUACAUGAGUGUAACUGUUACCAGACGGAAUAACUCUAGAGGUCGAGAUGUGUUUCAACAUUUAUAAUGUUCGGUUCUGAUUUUAGUUUUAUUUAAAAGUUUCAUCAUGAUCCGGACAUGUUUUAUGGUUUAUCAUUAUGCUUUUUCCGAUUUUCACAGUGAUAUAUAUGAAGAUUUUGCAUCAUAAAUAUGUUUUCAUAAAUUGUUAGUUACAGCUUGUGGAAAGUCGCGAUUUUCCGAGUUUAUCAUUUACAGAUCCAUAUAUGUCAGACGAGAAUAGAAAUGUAGUAAAAAUAAAUAAAUAUA